AUGAGGAAGCCUGAUCUGAUGGGCAAAGACAAAAUGAACAACAUUAAGAGCAAGUUGAGGAAAGGGCUGUGGUCACCAGAUGAAGAUGAGAAGUUGAUAAGGUACAUGUUAACAAAUGGACAAGGGUGUUGGAGUGACAUUGCUAGGAAUGCUGGUCUUCAAAGAUGUGGCAAAAGUUGUCGCCUUCGUUGGAUUAAUUACUUGAGACCUGACCUCAAACGUGGUGCAUUUUCACCCCAAGAGGAAGACCUCAUCAUUCAUUUGCAUUCCAUUCUAGGCAACAGGUGGUCUCAAAUUGCAGCACGACUCCCUGGUCGCACAGACAAUGAGAUAAAGAAUUUUUGGAACUCCACAUUGAAGAAAAGGUUGAAAACUAACCCUUGCACACCAUCACUAAACAUUAGUACUGACUCAUCAGAGUCUAAAGAUCAUGUUAUGAGUGGGAUCAUGCCCAUUAAUGAGCAUGACCUCAUGACCAUGUGCAUGGAUUCCUCUUCAUCAAUGUCAUCCAUGCAUGCAGUGGAUUUUGUUGAUCAAUUAGAUCCCUUUCCCAUGUUGAUAAAUAAUCAAUAUGACAUGACUAGUAUUUCAGCUGAUUUUCCCAACAUGCCUACAUGCUUGACCCAAAUUGGCAUGGUAGAUGGGCAUCAAGGAAAUUAUGGCAUAUUGGAGCCAAAUAAAAUGGGGUUAGGAAGAGACUUCACCCUUCCUUCACUAGAAAGUAGAUGCACUGAAAGCAAUUGUGCCCCAAUUGAUGUGAAAAGCCAUAACAACCUCUUCAAUUAUGAUUCCUUAAAUAGCACUAGUAAGACUCAGGGUUCCAAACUAGAGGACUUGUUUGGGUUUGGAAAUCAUGAGCAAGGAGAAAGUUUGAAAAUGGGAGAAUGGGAUUUGGGGAAUUUGAUGCAAGAUAUAACAUCUUUUCCUUUCCUUGAUUUUUAA